AUGGCCACUUGUGCCGCAUGCCACAGUUCAGACUACCUAGUGGAUAGUUGUUCAUACCUACACGCAUUUCAAGAAUCUAGGUUUAAACAGGCUAAUGCUUUGUAUCAUAAGCAAGAGCAACCCUUAUUCUCAGACCUACACCCAGGGUGGAGGAAUCACCCUAAUUUUUCAUGGUCUAAAGGGCCCGUAAAAGGGGGUACAACGAGUAAUAACCAGGGAUAUUCAUAUCCUAGAAAUCCCCAAAGAUUUGCAAGUCUAGAAAUCAAAUUGGGUCAGUUCUGUGAUGCACUAAAUGAGAGAGAAAAGGGUAAACUCCCUAGUCAACCUCAAAAAAUUCAGAAAAGUGCAUUUCAAGCAAGCACGUCUGCUUGCAAUGAGUCCUCACAUAACCAAGUGAAUGCUGUCACCACUCUUCGUAGUGGUAAAGUUGUUGAUAAUAAUAAUUCUACUGAUGUUAAUGCUUCCUUACCAUGUUUUGUGGAUGUUGCUCCAUUUCCACAAAGGUUGGUACAUCAAAAAGCGGGUAACCAGUACAAUGAGAUAUUGGAAAUAUUUAAACGUGUCAACAUAAACAUUCCAUUUCUCGAAGAAAUCAAGCAGAUGCCCACCUAUGCUAAGUUUUUGAAAGAUUUGUGCACAGAAAAGAGAAAGCUCCAUGUGCACAAACGUGCUUUUCUCACUGAGCAGUUAGGUCUUGGGGAGCUGAAACCCACUCCUGUUACGCUACAAUUAACGGACAGAUCUGUCGAAAUCCCUCGUGGUAUUGUUGAAGAUGUGUUAAUCAAGGUUGAUAAAUUUUUCUUUCCUGUGGACUUCAUUGUAUUGGAUAUUCAGCCUGUGAAAAACCCAGAUAAUCACAUUCCUGUCAUUUUAGGACAUCCUUUCUUGGCAACUCAACAACCCAUAGAUUGUGAUGAUGCUGAAUUGCAUGAGAUUAACAUGAUUGAGAGUCUGAUUCAAGACUCAUUGCCUGACAUCUUAGCUGUGGACCCUUUGCAAGCAUGUUUAGAUAAUAUUGACUUGGAUCUUUUUGAUUCUAAGUACAUUAGUGAAGUCCACUCUUUGCUUGAAUCUGUACCACCCAUGGAUAUUGCUAAAUGGAAGAAUGCAGUGGAACCACUUCCACUUACUGAUGCGGAGUAUUCCACAUCUCUUGUCGAACCACAUAAGCCCGAUUUAAAACCAUUGCCUGAUACUUUGAAAUAUGCAUUCUUAGGUUCUUCUGAUACUUUGUUUUUUAUUAUUGCAUCAUGUUUAAACACGAAACAGGAGAGUAAACUUUUAGAAGUGCUUAAAGAUCAUAAAGAGGCCUUAGGUUGGACCAUCUCAGACCUUAAAGGAGCAGUUUUAGGUCAGCGAGUAGACAAACUUCCUUAUAUGAUCUACUAUGCUAGUAAAACACUUAAUGUUUCUCAACUAAAUUAUUCAACCACUGAGAAGAAUCUCUAG